AUGGAAGAAAUACAGACAAUACAGACACGUUUAAAAACAGCAGCAGAAAGUUUGGCAGCGGGAAAUAUGAAGGAUGCAUAUUUUUCAUAUUUGAAUAUACUUGAAUUGGCAGCCAAAGAAUUACGUAAUAUAAAAUUUGUAAAUAAUGUAGUUGUAUUAAAACCAACAUCCUUCAAUUCACUUUUUAAUAUGUCACGGACAUGUUUGUCAUCUGCAGAAGAAAUAAUCACAAAACAAAAUCCACUUCCACCAAGAAGAAAUCCAAAUUUGAAUAUAGCAAUAUUUCCUCCAACUCCACAACAAGAAGAACAUCCACAUAAAACUCCUCCAGCAGUACCACCUAAACCAUUACGUAGAUCAAUGAAAAUAGGUGAUAUUGAAAUUUCCGGUUGUGGAAGAGACGCUCAUGUUGUAUCAGGUGAAGAUGAUGCUGAUAGUUCUGAUUCUGAUGAUGAAGACGAUGAAUAUAUUGGUAAACGUGAUUCAUUUCUUCGUCGAUCUGAUUCAUUAAAUGUAAACUCAUCAAUACGUCGUAGAUCAUCAUCUCCUAGUUUAACAACUACUCCAAGGAAACGAUCAAAUGUGACAGGAGGAUCAGUUACAGAUUCACCUACUGAUGAAGAAAGUCCAUGUUCUUCUCAUAUAACAUCACCUACUACUCCUGCUUCAUUUUAUGGUGCAAUAGCAGUUCCAUUAUCAAUGCCAAAUUUAUUUGAUCAACAAAGACCAAAAAUGAUUAAUGUAAUACCGGAAGAAAUUCCUGCUUCACCAUUAUUAACUAAACAUUCUCAAUUAGAUCAAAAAAUUCAAACAUUAGAAUCUAAAUUAGAAGAAUAUCGAAUUAUAACGAAAAGAAGGAAGGAGACGGGAUAUUUAGAUGUGAAAAAUAGUGAUCACCCUUGUUCUGAACUUUCAGAUGAAGAAAUUAAAGAUUCAAUUGUUAAAUAUGGAAAUACUCUCUUAGAUCUUAAACGAUCAAUUACAAGAUCUCGUAAAUUGGUUUAUAAGGCUGCAAGUGAUCCGGAAAUUUUGGAAUUUGCACCUCACAUGAUAGCAUAUCAAUUAACACUUAUUGAAUCUGCAAUAUUUUUGGAAAUUGAUCCAUUAUCAUUACUUUCUCAUUCACCGAAAAAUCCUGAUUCAAAAAUAACUGCAUCUACGGACUUUUUUAAUUACCUAACACGUGUGAUAGAACGUUCAAUCUUAUUACCAUUAGAAGCUUCAUCAAGAGCACGAGUUAUUAAUCAUUGGGUUAAAGUGGCAGUUAAGUUACAUGAAUUACAUAAUUUUCAAACUUUAAAAGCUAUCCUUUCCGCAUUAGGUACACCUCCAAUAAAAAGGUUAAAGAGAACUUGGAUUUGUAUACCAAAGAAAAAUAUGGUGAAAUUUGAAGAUUUAAAUGAAUUAAUGAGUGAAACUAGAAAUUAUGGAAAGUAUCGGGAAGUGAUGCGAGAAGGUUUAUUAAGAAAACCCACCGUACCAUUUUUAGGAACAUUUAUAAUGGAUUCAACUUAUUUAUUAGCUGCAGUUAAAACAGUUGGUCCAACUCCUGUUACACCACAAUUAUUACAAACUUUACAAAAAUAUCAAAGUGGUCCAAAAUAUAAUUCAACACCACCUGUAUCAUAUAUCAAAGCAUCCACCAAACAUCAUUUUCGUACUGCAACAAGUAUAAGUGCCGCAUUACAUCGUACUGGAAUUUGGAUUCCCGAAAAGAGUGUCGAUGAAUUAAGUUGUAAACGUGAACCACAUAAACAUAAAGGAGUUUCGGGUAGUGGAAGAUCAUCAAAUCCUGCUUCAUGGGGUGGAACAACAUCUAAUAGUAUUAUUUCUAAUGCUAGUAGUAUUUAUCGAGGUAGUACUGGAAGUACGGUAGGAGGAAGUGGAACGAGUACAGGAGGAAACGCUAGUACCAGUAGUGGAAUGGGACGUACCGGUUCAACUAGUGGUAGUGGAGAUUCUCGACCACAAAAUAAAAUGCGAGAUGAAAAAGAGAAAGAAGAUAAUAAUAAAUCAGAUAAAAUUAAGUAUGGAGAAAUUGAGAAGGAUAUGGAUGAAAAUGAAGAAGAAGUUGUCACAAAUUCUAAAAGAACCAGUUGGAGAAUGGGAGCUAUGCGAGUAUUUGGAGGGUAUGAACAUAAUGACCCACAAAAAAGUCCAACCACCAUGACAUCAAUGUUGAGAUCCGUAUCAUUAUCACAUCCACCACAUUCCCCAAGGAAUUCGGUUAACUUUGAAGUGAAAAGUCAUGCAGCUGCUACAGUUACAAAAGUUCAUGCUCGAGCCACCAAUACAAACAAUCCAAAUAACAAUUCAAAUAACAAUUCAAAUAAUAAUAAUUCAAAUAACACAAUAAAAUCAAAACCUUUCUCCUAUACAUCACGAAGGUCAUUAGAAGAAACAUCAAUAUCCACACCACCACCUUUAUUACCUAAACCAGCAACUUUGAUGCAACGUAGUUCCAGUUCAUCAUCUAUUAGUAGUAUGGGUUCAGUUGACGGUACUACCAUUAUUACUACCAUCACUUCCACCAACACUAACGCGAAUACAAAUGGAUCAGUAGCAAGUGAAGUUGCAGCUGGUGGUGGUGCAUUAGAAAGAAAUUGGCAAUGA